GAUAAUUAUGUUACGACAUAGUGACGAUGCGAUUUGUUUACCGCGCGUAACCAUAUCAACUGCUCAGACUUGAAAGAUUUGCGAUUUCGAGUGAAACGCGUGUAUCUUCGAGGGGGAAACAUGAGCACUUCGUGGAUAAACUUCCUGUAUAAACACAUAACAGAAGAAGAAGAAAAUGAACGAACAUCCAGCUCAUUGGAUGUCCUUUCUAAAGCUAAUAUAUGGAUUAAAGAUCUCCCGACCAAUAACUUAGAGCCGAUUGAGGAAUCUUUUGGAGCACGCAGAAUGACGUUAAAAGGUAAGAAGGAGAUGGAACUGCAAUUGGGGGAAAAGAUGGCAGUCCUUGAGCAACAAUACAUAGACAGAGAGAAUGAACUUAUAAAAAAGAACUCUGCUUUGGAAAAUGAACUGAGAGAAUCACGAGACAAAAUGAACGAUCUUCGCAUCCAACAAGAAAAGGACAACGAUGCCCUUAAGACUGAAAUUAGAGAAUUGAAGGAGACUCUGAUUAUAAGGGAACAGAGACAUAAAAAUCAGAUGGAUUUUUUCAAAGAGAUGGCAACUAAUGCACAGAAUGAACUGAACAAAGCUCGCGCAGUCAUUUCAAAUCUUUCUGAAGGGAUGAGGGCCUGUGAAGCGACUCUCUCUGCAUCGAAGGAGACAAUCAGUGAGAAAGAACAAAAAAUCAAACAGCUUACAUCUCAGAAAGAGACCUAUAAAAAUGUCAUAAAAAGUAUGACUGCUGACAUUCGACAUUACAACAAGCAACUGCAGAGAGCUGGAAAUGAUGUUGACAAAAUUAAAGAAAGACUAGAGUUUUGUCAAGAAGUCAACAAUAACUUAGUGAAGCAGAUCAGUUUCCUUCAGCAUGAGGACAAAAAGAUGCAGUUUGAUCCUCACGAAAAAAGAAUUAGGGAGAGGCUUGAAGAAAAACUUAAAAUGAUUAACCAAUUGAACCAUGAUCUGAACCAAAUGUAUACUGAGGUGACAGUAGAAAUACUAGCUGGUGUCUAUGACGACCUGCAACUUACACAGCUCGAUGUGAAAAGCUGGGCUAAUUUUCUCCCAGAACAAAAAAAUCUUUUGCUCGUGAGGGAGACUAAAGGCGAUGAAGCAAAUGCAAAGAAGACAGAAAAAGACGAAGGUGGCCCCAUCAAGCUGCACCAAGCACCCCUUCUUCCCAUAUUUACAUCAUUAUCGACAUCUGAAGUAGGCCGAGUAAGAAAGGAUGACGACUGGCUGGAUAGGAACCAAGAAAACUUUGUACCUUUCUCCCAGAAGGGUAAGUGAAUUUUCUAGAAAAAGGCUAUUUUAGUACGUUUUCCAGUUUACCAUCGGAGUUGGGGCAUGUAUCAUGCCCAUUGAAGCAAAACUGAUAAGUGGCUGCUUUAGUCGAGAGAGG